AUGAUGCUGAACUCGGAGCCCCCCCCGAGCCGGUGGGAAGCGGAGUCCGGCUCGGGCGAGCGCGGGGGCGGCCAGGCCCGGGUCCCCGGGCCCGCGGGGGGCGAGGCGGCCCGCCGGGACCCGCAGCCGGCCCUCAGCCGGGAGGAGCGGCGCCGCCGCCGCCGGGCCACGGCCAAGUACCGCACGGCCCACGCCACGCGCGAACGCAUCCGCGUGGAGGCCUUCAACCUGGCCUUCGCCGACCUGCGCCGCCUCCUGCCCACCCUCCCGCCCGACAAGAAGCUCUCCAAGAUCGAGAUCCUGCGCCUCGCCAUCUGCUACAUCUCCUACCUGAACCACGUGCUGGACGUCUGA